AGAGACGCAGCUGUCACUGCUCCAGUUCUCAGCUGUUUGCAAAGCAAUCAUUAACUUUAUUGUUCAUGAAAACUUCGGAGCACGGCAAGUAGGAUGGCAGAGCUAAGCCUGCGUAAGUACCAGGAGGAGGUAGUGCAGCCAGCUCUGGAGGGCAAGAACAUCAUCAUCUGGCUUCCAACGGGAGGAGGAAAGACCCGCGCUGCUGUCUAUGUGGCCAAAAGACACCUGGAGACCAAGCCAAGGGCCAAGGUGGCUGUACUGGUUAACAAGGUCCACCUGGUGGAUCAGCACUACUCUAAGGAGUUCAAUCCCUGCCUGGGGAGGCAGUACAAUGUGCUGAACAUCAGUGGUGACUCUGUCCACAAGGACUUCUUUUCCAAAGUGGUAUGUGACAAUGAUGUGGUCAUCUGUACAGCCCAAAUCCUAGAGAAUGCUCUGCAGAGCACUGAGGAGGACAAGCACGUGAAACUCACAGAUUUCUCCCUGCUGAUCAUUGAUGAGUGCCACCACACCCACAAAGAAAGUGUCUACAACAAGAUCAUGGAGCGCUAUGUGGAGUCCAAGCUGGAGGGUGAGAGGGGGCUGCCCCAGGUGCUGGGCCUCACAGCCUCGCUUGGGACAGGGGGCAUGCGCACCCUCGAAAAGGCCACAGAGCAUGUGUUACAGAUUUGUGCAAACCUGGAUGCUACAGCCAUCAUGUCUUCGAAGGAGCAUGUUGGAGAGCUGCAGAAAAACGUCCCCAAACCCAUGAAGCGGUAUGACAUUGUGGCGAGGAGGCAGAAGGACCCUUUUGGGGACCAUUUGAAGAAGAUGAUGCAUAUCAUUCAUGAUUUCAUGGAGGUGGAAGGGAUCAGCAGGGACUUUGGCACACAGGACUAUGAGGCAGAGGUGGUGCUGCUGGAGAAGACAGGGGCAGUGCAGAAGAACAGGCGGGUGGCCCAGUGUGCACUGCACCUGCGGAGGUACAAUGACGCUCUGCUGAUCAACGACACUGUGCGCAUGGUGGAUGCAUUCAGCGUGCUAGAUGAGUUCUACUGCAGCAAGAGGGAGAGUCGCACUGGGCUGGACGCCACAGAUGUCUUCCUGUUCAGGCUCUUCCGCGAGCAUAAAAACAAACUGCAGACCCUUGCAAGUCAGGCCCAGUUUGAGAACCCCAAGCUGAGCAAACUUGAGCACACCUUACUGGAGCAGUUUGGGGAAAAGAGGGGUUCCAGGGGCAUUCUCUUCUCUAAAACACGGAAAGGGACCCAGUGCCUCCAUGACUGGGUUUGUGCCAAUGGAAGACUGCAGGCUGCUGGCAUCAGGGCUGCUAUAUUGACUGGGUCAGGUAAUCUGGCCAACUGUAUGAGCCAGAACGAACAGAAGCAGACCAUCAGUCUGUUCCGCAGUGGAGUGCUAAACCUGCUGGUCUCCACCAGCAUCGCCGAGGAGGGCCUGGACAUCCCAGAGUGUAACCUGGUGGUACGCUAUGGGCUGCUGACCAAUGAGAUUGCCAUGCAGCAGGCCAGUGGACGUGCCCGUGCUGGGGACAGCGUCUACUCCGUUGUGGCGCAGGCAGGGGGGCGGGAGGUAAACAGGGAGCGCACCAAUGAGUACCUGGAGGAGCUGACAGGGAAAGCCAUCGCCGAGGUGCAGCGUAUGGCACCUCAGGAGUUUCGGAAGCGGGUGGGGGAGCUGCAGAGGGAAGCCUUGAUUGCGCGGCGGCUAGCGGAGCUAAAAGCUGAGGGGAAAAGGGGCCUUUACCAGGCCGCCGGCGUGCGCCUCUGCUGCCGGCUCUGCAAUGCUCCCGUCGCCAACGGCCACGAAAUCCAGACCAUUGACGGUGCACACUAUGUCAAUGUCAACCCCGACUUCAAGAGCCAUUAUCGUCUGGGUGGACAGAUUGUCCUGCCGAGGACUUUCGAGGACUGGAGGCCUGGGCGGAAGGUUAGCUGCGCAAAGUGUGGUCAGGAAUGGGGCAUGGAGAUGAUCUAUAAGGAUGUUCCUCUGCCAAACAUAGCUAUCAAGAACUUCGUCCUGGAGACACCGGGUGGCAGGAUGACAAUCAAGAAGUGGAAAGAUGUCUGUUUUCGCGUGGAGGAGUUCCAGUAUUCCAAAUACUGCUACAGGAAUUUCCCCAAUCUCUUUAGCGGAAGUGAUCUUGGAUCAAGUUAA